AAACUGUCAGGAUGAUAUACUGGGAAUAUGUGGGGAUUCUGCUAUCCCUUUUCCCAGGAAAGGAAUCCCUUCCCCUGCCAAUGUCUUGGAAUUCUAUGUCUGCUUGCUCUGUCCAUGCAGUCAUAAACCACAAGGAUUUAGUGGCCACAGUGUCACCACAGUAUGUAGUGACAAAGUCAAAGUCUGGACAAGGCCAUGCAUCUACAUCAAGCGAAGAAAUAUCUCAAAAUGAUUGUCAGAAUACAAAUUUAUCAAUCUUACCUCAGGAUAAAUAUCAAGAAUCUGGUCAGCAUGCUAAAGAGCCUCAGGAAUUGAAGGAAGCACACAGUCAAGGACUGGAAGUAAAAAGGAGUGCAUUCCUUCUAGGUUCUGACCCUGAUCUGCAUAAAAGGAAAUCUACAUACUUGAAAAGUUCGUCAAGAAACAAGAAAGAUCCACGAGUGGAGAAACUUUCAAGGAAUAAAAAGUCCUUACAACCUGGUAAAGGCAAGCAUAAAUUGAUGUCUUUCCUCAAGGAAAAGGAGCAAUCUGUGCUGGUUAAACAGAAUGGUUUGAACACAGAACUACAACCUUCUCACAGUAAUGGAAAUUCAGAUAAAAGAAACUCUGUUUCAAAAACUGGAAGUGGGAAACCUAGACCCACACCUAAACAGUGGAAACUUAGUUGCUUGUUUUCAAAGAAGUUUCUUAAAGCUAAACCUCAAAGUGGCAAAGACACAAGAAAUAAGGGCAAGAAAACCAAAAAAUGUGACAGAGAGAAGAAAAAUAAAAAAAAAUGCCUGCAAAAUGUUUCACCUUCAAGUUUUAUUGUAUCUCCCAAUAUCUAUUCAUCAGAUAAUCAGCCAAAAGGCAAGAGUUACAAUAAUGCCCAGCUAACCCAGGAUUACUUUAAUAAAAGUAAUCAAGGACAAAAGAAAAAGGGAGACAGUGAUGUUACAACUAGUGCACAUCUACAGAAAGGAGUAAAGGGUGCACAAACUCUUACAACUAAAAACAAAAAAGGUAAAGUUAGAAAUGACAGUGAUGUCUCUAGUAGCAUUGGAGGGGCAGAGUUUGAUGCACUAGAAAGGUUCAAGAAACAUCAGAAGCAUGCUAUGGAAAGGAGCAGGCAAAAAUCUUGUGUAAAUACUAAGUAAUAAACUUCAAUAAUGACUUGACUGCAAUCACAUAUUUUUCUUUAUUUUCUGCCUCUUACCUUUCCUCAUGUUCUUAGCCUGACAAAUUAUUACUUUUCUUUUUUUACAUACCUUUUUGUGUUCAUUUUAUAUUUUCUCCCUUGUUUUCUUGAAUUUUGCUCUUAUUCAUUACAUAUUUAUGUAUUUGUAAAUACAUAGAAAAUAUGUAUUAUCUGUUGACAAAAUCAAAAUUACAUAAAGGUUCGUCUGGGAGUGAGAAAUAUUUUGGUUUAUUUCAUCAGACGCUGCCAUAUUUUGUUACUGUACACCUUUUACAAUAAUGUUUCCUUUUGUUUUGAUUUAGAUAUAUAAAGAGUUUACAUAAGUUAAUAUAUGUACUUUGAAAUCAGCUUUAAAAGUUUAACUUUUUGUUUGCUUUUGAAAAGAAUUAAUUG